AUGACUCUGCCUCCUCCUCUUAUACUCACUCUUCGCCUUCGCCUUCGUCUCUCACUCCCACCUCCUCCUAAGCUUCCUCGCUUCCGCAGAUCAUUCACAUAUCUCUCUCCCCUCAUGGCUCCAGCAAUGGAAGCCCAAGAAACAGCACAAGAUGAAGCCGCCGCGCCACACAACAACGAAUUCUCAAACGACGAAGGUGCUCACAAGUCUAAAGUCACCGUUGUUGGUAGCGGCAACUGGGGCAGUGUGGCUGCCAGGCUCAUUGCCUCCAACACGCUUAAGCUCAGCUCUUUCCAUGAUGAAGUGAGGAUGUGGGUGUAUGAGGAAACAUUGCCAAGUGGUGAGAAGCUCACAGAUGUCAUCAACCGUGCCAAUGAAAAUGUUAAAUAUCUCCCUGGCAUUAAGCUUGGAAAAAAUGUUGUUGCAGACCCAGACCUUGAAAAUGCAGUAAAGGAUGCAAACAUGUUGGUUUUUGUGACCCCACAUCAAUUUAUGGAGGGAAUAUGCAAGAAUCUUGUUGGGAAAAUUAAGGGAGAUGUGGAGGCUAUUUCCCUCAUCAAAGGAAUGGAGGUGAAGAUGGAAGGCCCAUGCAUGAUCUCUACUCUCAUCUCCCAGCAAUUGGGGAUUAAUUGUUGUGUCCUAAUGGGGGCAAAUAUUGCUAAUGAGAUUGCUGUGGAGAAGUUUAGUGAAGCUACGGUUGGAUAUAGAGGGAACAGACAGAUUGCAGAGAAAUGGGUUCAACUCUUUAGUACUCCCUAUUUCCUAGUCACAGCUGUCCAAGAUGUGGAAGGAGUCGAACUUUGCGGGACCCUGAAAAAUGUUGUGGCCUUAGCAGCAGGUUUUGUGGAUGGCUUGGAGAUGGGGAAUAACACAAAAGCUGCAAUCAUGAGAAUUGGUCUGAGAGAGAUGAAGGCAUUUUCCAAGUUGUUGUUUUCAACUGUUAAGGAUACCACCUUCUUUGAGAGCUGUGGCGUUGCCGAUCUGAUUACAACAUGCUUGGGAGGAAGAAACAGAAAAGUUGCAGAGGCUUUUGCAAAGAAUGGAGGGAAAAGGUCAUUUGAUGAGCUUGAAGCAGAGAUGCUGCAGGGCCAGAAAUUACAGGGUGUCUCAACGGCUAGAGAGGUUUAUGAGGUUCUAAGCCACCGUGGAUGGCUAGAGUUGUUUCCACUUUUUGCGUCAGUGCAUGAGAUCUGCAUUGGUCAUCUUCCACCAUCAGCCAUAGUUGCACAUAGUGAGCGCACACCCAGAUUGUCUCUGGUAGAUGGCUCUGCCCAAUACUGCUGACUGUUCCUUGGAUACAACCAUAUAUUUCCCAAACAGAAUUUAUGACAGUAGUUAUCUUCAGUUAUGCAUCAACCACGAAAGAGAGAACUAGGUGAAGUUUUGGACUAGCCUAAAUAUAUAACACUAAAGCAAAAAAAGGUUGAGGGUUGAGACGCGGCAUGUCAGCAAACUUCAGGCCGUUUCCAUUGACGAAGGAUGGAAAUUAACUCUUUCUCAAAGUUCCUACUAUGUACUUUUUUUUUCUUCUUUUUUUUUUUUUUUUUUUCUUUUUCACUUUGUCUGGUAUAUUUGAAUUGUUCUCUUGUUCGGCAACAGACAUUGUUCUCUUGUUCCUCAAUGGUAUACAAAUCAUACAAUAAAAGAACAGAUAUUACGUGCUCUAAAGAUA